GACACGUCUCAGUGUCCAUCAGCCUCAGAGUUCUGUGGUUUCGACCCAAACAGCGGGUGUUCACACAUCUUCUGUGAUUAAAGAGAAACAUCUUUGGGGUACAACUACUGUCCAGCAGGCCCCACUUUCCCACCACAUCAAGGAGGAAGAGGAGGACCUCUGGAUCUGUCAGGAUGAAGAGUAUCUUUACAGACGGGAUGAGACUGAACACUGCAGACUUCCAUUAACUGUUGUGGUGAAAACUGAAGACGAUGAAGUAGAGCCUCAGUCCUCACAGCUUAAAAGGCAAAAAUCUUGUGGCCCCAAAGAAGUAGAACAUCCAACCAGCAGUUCAUUUAAGUGGAUCAAAACGGAAAUGAAUGGAGAGGAUGGUGGACAACUGGAACUAGUCAGAAAAACACAAGCAAAUAUUGAUGAGGAUUCAGACUCUGAGACUGAUGAUGAUGAAGAAGAAGAAGAUGAUGAUGAUUAUGAUGAUGAAGAUUGGCAGGGGACUCUGUCAGAGACUGACAAUAGUUUGGUGAAAAGCCAAGCAGCAGAGUCAGCGGGAUGUAGCUCAGUCAAAAAGCCCUUCAGCUGCUCAGAAUGCGGCAAACAGUUUUUGUACAAACAGUCCCUGAAGAGACACAUGAGACGGAAUACAGAAAAAUCUGCUUCCACCUGUUCAGGUAAUCAGAAGCGUUCUGGAGUGAAACAAAAUUCUGACCCCCAGAAUAAAGUCCACACAGGAAAGAAGAAUUUUAGCUGUAACGUUUGCGGGAAAACAUUUAGAGAUAUGUUCAGUCUUAAGUCUCACAUGAGAGUCCACUCGGAGGAAAAACCAUUCAGCUGUGAGAAUUGUGGUAAAAGCUUUAAGCACGAGCACAACGUAAAGAUUCACAUGAGAAUUCACACUGGAGAGAUGCCAUUCAGCUGCGAUGUUUGUAGUAAAAGAUUCAAGCAUCAGCACAAUCUGAAAACGCACAUGAGAAUCCACACAGGAGAGAAACCUUUUGUUUGUGAUAUUUGUGGUAAAAGAGCAAGGCACCAAAACAAUCUGAAGACGCACAUGAUCGUCCAUGGAGGGGAACAGCCAUUUGGUUGUGAUCUUUGUGGCAAGAGAUUUAAUCGCAAGACAAGUCUUAGGGCACACAUGACAGUCCACACAGGUGAAAAACCAUUCGCCUGUGAGGUUUGUGGUAAAAAUUAUAAGCGGAAGACUCAUCUUAGGACCCACAUGACUGUCCACACAGAGGAAAAGCCAUUUGGCUGCGAGGUUUGCGGUAAAAGAUUCAACCGUAAAACGCACCUUAGUACACACAUGGCAGUUCACACGGGAGAAAAGCCUCACAGCUGUGAUUUUUGUGGCAAGAGGUUCACUCGGAAAACCCAUCUGAAUUCACACAUCACAGUUCAUACAGGGGAGAAACCGUUUGGUUGUGGCGUUUGUGGUCAGGAAUUCACCCAGCAGGGAAGUUUGAACCGACACAUGAGAUUCCACUUAGGAUAAAGGCACUUUUACAGCUUCAGGUGUGGAGAAGAUUAAUAU